UCUAUUUUCUUCUUUUCAGUGCGUUUCGAAAAUAGCAGAGACCUGUGUUUCAGGCUCCAGCACUCUCAUUGUUAUGAGUCUGCAGGUACUCUGCAUCAGAAGUGAAUGUAGGUCUUUAGCCUAAAGGAGGUACUUUUUAAUUAGCUGGAAGGUCUGUUCCUGUGCCAACUGACUGGCUGCAGUGGAAAUGGGAAGUCAAGAUUCCAGAAUGGAUGUGCUUUCUUCUCAUAUGCUUGAGGAUUACUUUGCUUGGACUUCAUUUUGGUAUGCUGCAAGGCUCCUUCAUUAUUCCUUCUCUGGAAUAAUGCCCGAUCAGCUCUGUCCAUACUGUGCAGGAAAAGAUUAACUUCCAUUUGCUUAUGCUCCUCUGUGUGCAGGUGGCAGUGAGGAUCCCAGGUUUGGGAGGAAAUUGUUGCACAAUUGUAAAGCUGUUUUCUGUGAAAGAAGCUGACCUUAAAAUAAAAGCAAAAAAAUGUAGUGAAGUGCUGCAAAACUGUGCUGAGUGCCUCUUUUAGGUAAGAAGUAUUUUUACUUCCCAGGGUUGAAUCUUAAAGGCCUGGCAUGAAGUCAGAUGGCUUAUGUAAGUUGACCUUUCUUUGUUGUGUAUGUGUCAAAACAUAAAUACAUUUCAAGCAAUGCUUACUGCCGUUACUGGCUGCUAUAAACCAUGCUGGUUGAAGCACCAAGGACAUAGGAUACUGUACUUCAUAAAUAUUUAACAAGCCCCUCCCCCAAACAAAACCCCCUCAGACCCAAAUAUGUUUAGCCUUAUGAGCAAAAAUCAUAAUGCACAUUAGAACAUUCAUCAGUAAACCUAGGUGGUGUUUAUAGCCCAGCCUUCAGAGAAGAGUGCUGCUCUCUCCUAUUCUGAACUUGCACUAUGGUGUGAUACCUGGGCAGCAGAGACUGGGUUCUCACCAGUGGUUAUUACAGUGAUGGAAGCAGCUGGACAAAUAGCUAUGCACGCAGAAUUUUCCAUUAAUCAGAGGAAGAAGUCCAACACAGAUGGUAUAUGGGAUAGAUUACGGCUGGUAAUCCUUUUGUGUCCUAGAAGAUUAAGGAUAUCCUGGUGUAGCUGCAGUCAGCUGACCUUUUUUUUUUUUUUUUUUUUUUAAACGAUUGAACAUAGCUGAUGCAGAGGACCAAGGCUCUUCCAAGAAGCCAUGAGUGGUGUGCUGUGAAUGUUUGUUAAAGGAACGGUCUGUUUAAGUCCAGCCUCAGUUAUAAAUUUACAGGAACUUGACCUUGUGCCAUGUAAACAGCAGCAGCUACAGGAUGGCUAAGAAAUCGCUUGCUAGACGGCUCUAUCAUAUGUAACAGAGCUGAAUUCUCUGAGGAGGCACAGUGAGUGUCAUGUGGAGAAAUGGAGGGUUUCUGAAUCCUGCUGUCUGGGUCACCUCAGAGAGCAAAGAUGAAUGCUUCAGUAGAAGAAGAGGAUGGCUGUGCACUCUGAACUGUCUGGCAUGGAUCUGUAUGAGGAUUACAAAUCACCCUUCGAUUUCAAUGCUGGAGUGAACAGAAAUUAUCUUUACUUGUCGCCUGGCAUAAACCUUUCUCCACCUGGAUCACCUAUACUGGCAAAGUCUGGGCUGCUGAGGAGUGACUCUAUACCUGAGGUUGGAGAGGAUGCUGCUGCUACAGUCAGUAUGGCAGAAACACUCUCAGAAGAAGAACGGGAUGAACUAAGAAAAGAGCUUGCCAAGGUGGAAGAGGAAAUCCAGACGCUGUCACAAGUGCUAGCUGCCAAAGAAAAGCAUCUAGCAGAAAUCAAGAGAAAACUGGGAAUUAACUCACUACAAGAACUAAAGCAGAACAUUACGAAAAGCUGGCAAGAUGUUACCUCAACCACAGCAUACAAGAGAACAUCAGAAACCCUGUCUCAGGCUGGUCAGAAGGCUUCUGCUGCUUUUUCUUCUGUUGGUUCAGUCAUAACCAAGAAAUUUGAAGAUGUCAGAAAUUCUCCUACUUUCAAAUCCUUUGAGGAAAAAGUUGAAAACUUCAAGUCUAAAGUUGGAGGAAGCAAACCUGCUGGGGGAGACUUUGGAGAAGUUCUCAACUCUGCUGCCAAUGCCAGUGCCACAGAAACUAUUGCAGAACAGACGGAGGAAGAGACCCACUGAGAUUUCUGCCUCUAUCCUGCUACCCACUGCCAGAUGCUGCAAGGAGAAACCAAGCACACUUGUAACAUUCUCUGCGCUCUUUCCACCAGAUGUGCUUUUAUUUAGCACGUAGUUAUUUUACCUGAUUAACUGAUACCAAGCUUGUUUGUGGGUUCAAAAUAUUUUUGAAACUAAAAUACAUUGUUUGGGGUUUUGUGUGGGAAGGGGAAUUUCUAUGCCUUUCAAGCAUUUAAAGGAUUUACCUGUAAUUUGAAGACAACCUUUAAAAUAUAGCAAUGAAAAAAAUUCUUUUGAGAAGUUAAUUAUAUUGUACAGAUACUGUGGAUACAUAAUUUCUUUUCAGUCUGUAACUAUUGCUCGACUUAAUCCUUAUGAAUCUACUGCUGCUGCCAAACUGAAGCUUGUUACUUCGCUCCUUUGUGAUUGUUUCAGUUGAGUGUUGCCUGCAAGGGACACUGGACUGGGAGACUGGACAAGGAGAAAGGAUCACUCCCAGCUAAAGAAAGGACUUCAGUAUCAGCAGGCUUUACACAAAUUAUGGCAGGAUCACACAUGAGUAGGAAUGUACUGUCUUAUGAACGUGUUCCUCAUACAGCAAGUGUGGCUAGGUAACAUAGAACAUGUAAAACUUACCCAUCUGUCUGUGCAUUGUCCACCUUGGAAACUUCUGACCAACACAGAUGGAAGCAAGAUGCCUCAUAGUGCUGGUUUGGUUCAGUCACCAUAACAUUUUCAGUCUUGUUUUUUGUACAGGAUGUCACUGUGGUAAGAUAACACUCUUCUGAACAUUUGACCAGUCACAAAAAGAUUCAUCUUCAUUCACAUGUGGUGGUGUCACAUCCACACUAAGAGAGCAUGGAAUGGAAGAAUAAGCCUGACCCCAGAAAUGGUUCUUUUUUUAGUCAUCAAAAGAAUUGCUCCUGUAUCCUGAUGUUGUUUCCCUUGUAGGCUGAACUCUGUAAACAUCUGCUACACCAUCAUACUCUUUUUUAAAAAAAUGUAUUUAAGGCCUGUUCUUGAGCCCAGAAGUCUGUUUUGAGAGGUGCACAGUGUCAUUGCUCAGCGUAGUUCUCCUAAAAGAUGUGUCCUCCUACAUCUUGUUUUUUCUGCUGUACUCCUCAAAUUUCUUGUGUUUCAUGUGUUCCUGCCACAUGGUUAGAAUGUUUUAUCACUGUACUUAGAACUGGAAACAAAUUUUGCUACAUUUGUGUGAAAUCCAUGAGACUUCAAUUGCCACAGGUGUCUGGAGGAAAAAAAGUUUGCUCCUGACAACCUAGCUAGCAUGUCAGAUAUAGAAUGUAUGCUUAAUUACAUGUGAGAAGCUUAAUAAAAGUGUAUAUGAGGAAUA